UGUUAAAAAGUUCUUUCUGGAAAAAUAAGUGCUUGUUGCGUCUAAGGUAAUUUACCCCAGUGUCUCUGCUCUGCAAGUCCUCCUGUUACUACAUUUGUGACAAUGAAAUGCAGUUAAAGGACUGUGUUUCACGUGGUAUAUAUUUGGGUUGACAAUUUGAGUUAUAGCCCAUGGUAGUUAUGUGUCUGGGCUGUUCAAAGUAAAUAUACACUUCACUGGGAGAAACCUGAUCAAGCUCAUUAUCUCGAAUGGAAUACACACCACAUGCUGUGUUCUGCCAUGCGUGAAUAACUGUGACAUACAGUACAGGUACAUGGCAUACAUCCUCUGUGUUAAAAAUGAUGCCUUUUUUGAGUGUUUCCGUCAAUUUUACCCAUGAUUUGUCAUCUCUCCAUAAAUUCAAAACCUGCACCUUCCAGUGCUAAAGAUUUAGUGGGUUGUCAUUUCCAUCUGACUAUUGAAAUUAUAUAUGUGUGUAGGAGUCGAGCUUACCAAAUAAUUGUUAAGUGGGUGGGUGAGGUGAAUACAAUUUUAGUAGAGCACAGAUAAAAACAAGCUUUAAAGACUGAGAGACCCUGAAACAGAAAUCCCUAUUGGAGCAAAGGACAAAGGCCACAUUGUGAAAUUGCGGGCCCCCCUCUGGACAUCCUGUUGAGAAAACUGUUACGUUACUGUAACAACACACUCUUGUAUUAGGAAAGCUAGUUUGUUCAUGAUCUGAUGGUGUCAAAUGGAUUGCGGUCGUUGAACGUUCCUCUGUCUUUGAAAAUUAAACUGACAUUUUUGGGGGGGUGGAGAAAACCUUUUCAUAAACUUGUUAUAAAGUUCACAAGGCAGGAGUGCUGAAAAAAAGAUGUUAGGUAACGUUGUAGAACUUGCAGAGUUGGGAUUUUGCAAAAGUCACUGCUCAGCUUCCUCUUAAACAACAAAAACUGCUAUACUUACACCAGUUUUAAAAUCACCACAUUGGCUCCUGGUGUAUUUUAGGGUUGAUUUGAAAGUACCUUUAUUAGAUUUUAAAUUCCUUCACGGUCUUGGCCAUCUUAUUUAUCCGACCUGCUUUUAUCUUAUCAACCAUUGCGGAUCCUGAGGUGCACCUCCAAACACAGCAGGAGGUCAAAAAGAGGAUGUUUGGCAUGGCCGUUCAUGUGGUGAAGAACAAUGGGGUGCUUGCUCUUUACAAUGGCCUUUCUGCUUCCCUUUGCAGACAGAUGUCGUAUUCGCUAACCAGAUUUGCCAUCUAUGAGACUGUAAGGGACGUGAUUGGAAACAAAAGCCAGGGCCCCAUGCCGUUCUACCAAAAAGUAUUGUUGGGAGCUUUUGGAGGUUUUACGGGGGGCUUUGUUGGCACGCCAGCAGACAUGGUCAAUGUCAGAAUGCAAAAUGACAUGAAACUACCAGCAGAACUAAGGAGAAACUACAAACAUGCCAUUGACGGGCUCUUCAGAGUCUUCCGAGAAGAGGGUUUGAGGAAACUGUUCUCGGGAGCCACCAUGGCAUCCAGCAGAGGAGCCUUGGUCACUGUGGGACAGUUGGCAUGUUAUGACCAGGCCAAGCAGCUGGUGUUGGGAACGGGGAUGCUGGGAGAUAACGUGUUCACACACUUCCUCUCCAGCUUCAUUGCUGGAGGUUGUGCAACGUUCCUUUGUCAGCCUCUUGACGUUCUAAAGACUCGACUCAUGAAUUCAAAAGGGGAGUACACUGGUGUACGACAUUGCUUACAAGAAACUGCCAAGUUGGGCCCCCUGGCAUUUUAUAAGGGCCUUGUUCCUGCAGGGAUCCGCUUGAUUCCUCAUACAGUGCUCACGUUCAUCUUCCUGGAGCAACUGAAAAAGAAUUUUGGGAUUCGCAUCGUCUCCUGAUGGCAAAGUGCGACUGGUCGGUAUCGAACCACUCCGCUGUGAGCAUUAGAAGAAAGGAAGAGGGGAAGCCACGAAUGGCUUGGUCAUGUUGCUUCCUCUUGCUCUACCUCGACCUUGUCAUGGCAUGAAGCUGAGUGUUUGCACAUUCUGAGGGAUAAAAAUUGUGGAACAAGCUAAUUCUGAAAAAUGACAAUUCUAAGGGGAGGUGUCUGGAUUAUUGGAAGAGCCUGCUGUCCUAAAACAAAUAUGUCCUGUAUUAUUUCAUCUUCUAUCAUGUGGUUUUAAUUUGAUUAUUUCAAGCCUCAGUUGCUAACAUCUUAAUGAAAAUGACUUUAUUGCGACUUAAAUUCCUAAUGCCAUCAUUUAGAUUUAGAUAUAUUGAUCCUUUCUUGUGCUGUAAAUUCUUCUUUUGGGGCGGGGGCAGGUCAAGAAAAAUAUGCCAAUAAUGGACUGCUGUAGAAAAUAGUUUGUGCCAGGAAAACAAACAAGUGCCAUAUUUGGCCAACACAGUAUUGGCAUGUUAAAUAGCAUAUGCAUCGUAAACAAAUACAGCCCAAGUUAAUAUGUCAAGUCUGAUAUAUGAUCGCAUGUGAUUCAUUCCCAUCGGUACUGACCAAAUGUCCUACAGUCCUUUAUUUUACAUGACACUAUUGUUGGUAUUGUACUUAAAAUUUUUAGAACUGGAAAUCAAGUAGAGGUCUAUGAACCUUUGUGGCCUCGUUCAACUAAUCUGCUAAUAAUUCAGUCCAAUCGUUGAGGAGUGGACCAAGUUGUUUCAUUAACAAAAUCUUAUAUUCUCGUAAUGGUACACUUGGUGCCCCCCCAACAACACACGUACACAAACAAACCUUUUUCUUUCAGUUUUAAACAUUAAUUUCAAAUAGGAAAAUUUAAGAACCUUUUAAAACAAAACUUGUACAGCAGGAGUACUGUGGUGUUUCUUGCUGAGAUGAGCGCAUUUUAAU